AGCAUCAGAUGGUGUGUGCUGACGAGCCGUUGCUUGUGGAAACAGCUGGUAGUUUCUGUCAGCGCACACUCUGCCUGUGGAUCAGCUUCAGGAAUAAAGUUCACUUUAGUCUCUAAACCUACAGAACUAGUUCAGAUAGGAGUCUGUGAGUCUGACCCAGCAGACUGGGGGACAUGUCAUCCUGUGAACUCUAACAGACAGGUCUUCAUUCAGGACCUAGCCUGUUAGCGGCUCACACUGAGGCUCGACCACAAGCUAGCCGGCUAACUUUGUAGUCCUAAAGAAACCUCUACCAGGAGGCAGAGCUCCUGUCAGCUGAAGGCUUCCAGACUGUGUAGGAGCAGCUUUCAGCCUCUCUUCAGCAUGACUCAUAUUCAUUAUAAAUUCUCCUCCAAACUCAGCUACGACACGGUGGUCUUUGAUGGGCCAAACACCACCCUGAAGGACCUGAAGACCCAGAUCAUGGAGAGGGAGAAGCUCCGAGCCGGGUACUGCGACCUGCAGAUCACUAACGCGCAGUCCAAACAAGAGUACAAAGAUGAUGAAAGUAUGAUCCCCAAAGGCUCCUCUGUCAUCGUCCGGAGGAUCCCCAUCGUUGGAGUCAAGUCCGGCUCGAACAGCAAAACCCGCAACAUCGAGCGAUCAGACGUCCAGCAGCUGCACCGCGCCCACGGAGCCGACAGAGCAAUGGACGACCACACUUCAACUGACGUCCUCUUUUUCUCCAAGAUGGCUAACCUGGCUGAUGCGGAUGCGUCUGAGGAGGAUAAGCUCAAAGUCAUGAUGAAUCAGUCCGCCUAUGACCCCAUGAGCUACAACAAGUGUGGAACCGUUCUUCCUGCAAACUACACGUGUUAUCGCUGCGGGAACACGGGACACCACAUCAGGAACUGUCCCCACAGCAAGGAUAAGAACGUGGACACCCCCGUGAGAAUAAAGAAGAGCACAGGUAUUCCUCGCUCCUUCAUGGUGGAGGUGGACGACCCCAGUGUGAAAGGAGCCAUGCUCACCAACUGUGGGCGAUACGCCAUCCCUGCCAUAGACGCUGAGGCGUACGCCAUCGGCAAGAAGGAGAAGCCGGCGUUUGCUCCAGUGGAGCAGCAAGAAGAAGAAGAGGAGGAGGAUCCUGUACCCGAAGAGCUCCGCUGUCUGAUCUGUCGGGACCUGCUGAGUGACGCCGUGGUCAUCCCCUGCUGUGGAAACAGCUACUGUGACGACUGUAUCCGUACUGCCUUACUGGAUUCAGAGGAUCACGUUUGCCCCAUAUGUAACACAUCAGAAGUCUCCCCUGAUACCCUGAUAGCCAAUAAAUUCCUGCGACAGGCUGUGAACACUUUUGAGAAAGAGAGAGGUCAAAGUAAAGAUCUGAAGAAAGGGAGCGUUGACACCAAGUCACAGAAUCCAACCGUGACGCCGAGCCCGGCCCCGACACUGACACCAAUGCCGAUCACUACUCUCACACAGAUCCAACCUCUGAAGCUUCAACAGCCAAUCAAACGGCAGCAGGAUCCUCUCCUGUACUGCUCCCAGGCUGCAGAAACACCGACAUCAUCUCAGGAGUGUGAGACUCCUCCCCCUGCUACAGGCCCCGCCUCCUCUGCCAACACACCCAGCAGCUCCCCGCGGACUGAGCCGCCCCACCUGGAGAUCCCUGAAGAAAGGGUUGAAAAGACGCAGGACGACUCGGCGGCUGCUUCCCUGUCUGCACUGGUUUCAAACACGCAGCUGAUCCCACAGGUUGAUCAGCCUCUAACAGUCAGUGUGACGCAGCAGGAGUCUUCCUCAGGAUCCUGGAGCGAAUCAACCCCCCAGCAGCUUCUUCCUCCUCCUCCUCCCCCCUCCUCUACCUCUUCAUAUCCACAGACCCCUCCUCCUCCUUUUCCCUCCUCCCAUUUCCCCCCAUUCCAGCCUCUCAGCGGUUACCCCCCUGGAUACCCUCACCUCACCGCCACACCCGUCUGGACUUUCCCGACACUCAAGGGAGCUCCCAUCUCCUCCCUCCUCCCCUCCUCCUCCUCCCCGAACCCCAUGCUGGUGCCCAAUGAUUGGUUCAGGGACCAGAGGGAGAAGAAGCAGAGGUCACCUCACAGAGGAUCCGCCUACAGGCGCUCUUCAAAGUCGUCUAAGUCCAAACCCUCUCAUUCCUACCCUUCAAGCAGAUCCAGAUCCCGGUCCAGGUCCAGGUCCAAAGGCAGAUCAAGGUCGUCUCACAGAGGAUCUUCCAACAGAGGCUCUUCAAAGUCAUCCAAGUCCAAGUCCUCUCACUCCUACCCUUCAAGCAGAUCCAGAUCCCGGUCCAGGUCCAGAUCCAGGCCCAAAGGCAGAUCAAGGCCUCACUCACCGUCCUCCCGCCCCAGAGAUCAGCUCCUCCGCUCUCAUUCCUCCCAGUCCUACAGCUACGGUUACAAACUCGCACACUCUCCUACAACCUCCUCCUCAUCUUCACCUCGAGUGGCCCACCGUUCCAGGCACAAGUCACCAUCGGUCCACCGCCAUCACAGGAAGAAAUCAGCUACAAGGAGCUCGGGGUCGGGGAGAGGAGGAGAGGGAGGCUCUGCUGAGAGCUCAGCUGGCCUCACGUUUCCCCCGUCUGCAGAUCAGACGAGCAGCCUGGAGCUGGACCGACAGCGCUACCUUCAGUGGAGGAAGGAAUACAAAGAGUGGAGUGAGAAAUACUUAAACAGCUACAUGCAGCACUUCCAUCAGCUGCCUCCUCUUCCUCCCUGUCCUUUCUCUCCGGGUGGAGACGAAGAGAAGAGCAGAAAUCAAGACCAACACAAAGGUAAACGCUCCUCCCGGACACACCGUUCACCUCCGUCACAGUCGUCCAGUGACAGCUGCUCCCUCUCAUAUCAGUCCUCCAGCGACAGCAGCUCCAAAUCAUCCCCUUCAUCCAGCGACAUGAGCUCCUCUCCAUCUCAUUCAUCCAAAGACAGCCGGUCCCCGCCUUCUCAGACCGCCAAUGACAAAUCAGCUCCACCUGAAGGAGGAGGAGCCGAGAAGUGCAACCCUGCUCCACCCGACACACAGAGAGAAGAAGAAGUGCAGGAAAGAAGCCAAGAGGUCAAACAGCUGAUCGAGAAGAGGUCAGAGGAUCUGAGCCCCCGAGAACACGAGAGGAAGAGCGUAAAGCAACAAAAGGAGAGAGGAGGAGAAGAGUCUGCAGGUUUAGUGGACAACAAGAGUCACACUGCUGCCCCAGAGUCCUGCAAUGAAGGUCCAAAAGAAGACAACGCAACAAGCAGCGAGGCCUUAAAACCAGAUCAACAACACGUGAAAACAGAAAAACCUUUAGAUCGAGACUCUGGAAGAAAGAGCAGAGAGCGGAGGGUGGUGGAUGGAGAGAAAGAACGGAGGAGAGACAAAUAUUCAGACUCCAGACACGAUUACAAGAUGAAAGAGACGUCGAGCAAACGGACACACGGGAGGGACAGAGACCGACACAGAAACCCUAAAGCGUCUGACUCCAGAUCAGAGAAGAACCGAAAAAGAAAAGAAGGAGACAGGGGGAGGAGUCCUGACGACGCUCAGAGCAGAAAACCCCUGAAAACAAAAACUACAGAGGACCCAGAAACCCGCCGAGAGGAACACCCGGUUCAGUUUGAGAGGAAAAAACAGAAACCUGAGGAGAAGAAGAACCUGAAGAAAACAUGGCCUCUGACAAAGAAAGACAUCUGGGAGGAAGGGAUGACCGUGAAACCACAGAAGAAGAUCAGCAUCAACAUCAAGUUUGAUGCAAAACUGAGGGAAGACGAAACCAAAACGACGACUGAACCGAAGAAGGAAAACGAGCAGAGGGUGGAGGUUGUAGAAGAAGAGAAGGGGAACAGAGGAGAGACAGGAAGACAUGAAUCCAGCAGAGACCCGGUAGGGGUGUCUGAAGAAAAGAUCAAAUCAGGAGGAGAGGAAAGACUGAUGGUGGAGGAAGAUAACUUCACAGAGGAGAAGGGAGAGAUCGUUGAAGACGUAAGAGGUAAGAAAGAGGACGAACGCGCUCAGGAGUUACAGUCAUGGCAGAGUGUCCCUAAAGGAGACAAAGAAGAGGAGGAAGAGGAGGAGAGCAAGAACAGGAUGGAGACCUGCGAGGGAGAAGAGAUGCCAAACGACCAAAGGAGGAAUGAAAGGGAAGGAAAGGAGGAAGAGAACAGCAGAGGUCAAGAGAUGAGGGAGGAGGCUGAGGAAGAGAAGACCACAGAGGAGGCAGGAGUGGAGAGGGGGAUGAAGAUGGAGGAAGGAGAGGCAUCGAGGAGCAACCAUGAAACUCUGAACUCGACUGUGAGCGACGGCAGGAGGAGUUCUGAGAGUCAGGAGACAAGGAUGGAGGUGAAGACUCUGCAGGAGGACACUGAUGUCAGAUCUGCAGAAGAAGAGCUCGGACUCGUACAGGUCCCUCGCUCCACGUGGGAGAAGAAGAAGUCUGAGGAGGACGAGUUUCUGCCUCCUUCGUCUGUGUCUGUCGCAGCAGAGACGACAACCAGCAGAGAAACAGAGGGAGAGAAAGAAGAACAGAGGCCGAGGUCAGUCAAAGUAGACAGAGACAGGGAGGUGGAGAGAGGAAGAGAGAGAAGCUCUCAUAGAAGUGUGGCUCCCUCUAGUGGCAGAGACAGAUCUGACAGGAAGAGAGAGAAGGGGAGAGAGAGUGAGAGACAGAGGGAUAGAGAGAAGGAGGGCAGUGUGAGGACAAGAGAGGGAGAGAAAGAGAGAGACAGGAGAGGGUACAAGAGGGAUCGCCCUUCCUCCUCUCACUCUUCCUCUCACUCGAUGUCACAUGACUCAAAGAGGAGAGACCGGCCUCCCAAGAGUUCCUCCAGCGAUCAGAACGCUCACAGAGCCGACAGGAACACGCCAAGAGGCUCGAAGUCUGAAGACAGCCGAGAGAGAGAACAAGUCCCCUCCAAAUCUUCAGCAGGGUCAGAUCCUAGGAAGGCCAGGACCAGCAGCCCCGGUCCAGAACUGAUGCAGAGCAGGGGGGAAAAGGGAGGAUGGAAGGAGGAAAGGAUGCAUAAAGAGAGAAAAGAGAGAACAGAAAAUCAAGGAGGGUGGAAGAGAGAUAAAGGUGCAUUCAACGAAAGUGUAGGGCGAAGAUCCGGAGGGAAAGAGCCGGAGGAGAGACCAGGAAGCAAAAGUUCAUCACCGAGAGAGGAGAGCGGCAUCAGAGGAGCGAGGGAAGAUGCUAAAUGAGCGAAUGAAGAGGAGAUGAAGAAACAGAGGAAGACAAAGAGGAAAGAGAGACAGACGGACGACCCUGCCAAACUCUGAGAGUUAUCUGACCGGCGUGGACGAAGUGAAAGUUACUUGAAUAAUGUUUUUCUUUUCUCUGCCUGGAUUCUUUUGUUCUUUUCUUUAGUUUCCCAGAAUCAUCAUCGCUCUGUGACAGUGAACACAACAUGUGAAGGGACAGCACUUUAAAGAAAAGAAUAGUGAAUGAUCUUCAGCCUCUUUAAUGAUUUGCACAUGCUUACCUAUCGCUCAGGACUGCCAACAAUUAAAGUUUACAAACCGACCGUGCACGAUCUCAAGAUCUCACAGGAAGACGACGGGCCGGUCAGAUUGAUUCGCCUCACUCAGGAGAGAAUGAUCCAUGACGAGAGUUUGUGAUUAAUUUAAAGCAUACUGUGAAUAUUUAUGAUUUGGACCUCUGUGCAGUGUUAUAUUUUAAUUUGUGUAAAUAUUGUGUUUGAAGAAAAAAUGCUGGAUGGAAGGAUGAAUGCAGAACCAGAGGGAACUUUAGUUUUUCCUGCUUUGAAGGAAAUAAAAAACACAUCCUUAAAUGA